AGAAGAGGGCUUAAUUUUGGCAGCGCAACUGAGUGGAAGCAAUGAAAGUCGCAUUUUGUGGCAACGACAACCCUUCUGCCUAUAACAUCAGCGCCGGCUUCUUAAAGAACGUCUGCUUUCUGGAUGCCCUCAAUUUGGUACCUCAUGUUUUCCUCUUAUUUAUCACCUUUCCUAUAUUGUUCAUUGGAUGGGGAAGUCAAAGCUCAAAAGUUCAGAUCCAUCACAACACUUGGCUUCACUUCCCCGGACACAACCUGCGAUGGAUCCUGACGUUCACCCUCCUGUUUGUGCACGUGUGUGAAAUAGGAGAGGGCAUCGUUUCAGAUGCACAGUUGAAGUCCCGCCACCUACAUCUCUUCCUCCCUGCUAUAAUGGGAUUUGUAGCGGCGACAACAUCUAUCGUUUAUUACCACAAUAUUGAGACCUCAAAUUUUCCAAAACUACUUCUGGCUCUGUUUCUGUACUGGGUCAUGGCCUUUGUCACCAAAACUAUCAAGCUGGUCAGAUAUUGCCAAGAUGGGUUCAGCUUUCAGCAGCUGCGUUUCUGCAUCACCGGACUGAUGGUUGUGCUCUAUGGGUUAUUGAUGGCAGUGGAGAUCAACGUCAUCCGUGUCAGGAAAUAUGUGUUUUUCACAGACCCUCAGAAAGUGAAGCCUCCCGAAGAUCUACAGGAUCUGGGUGUGAGGUUCCUGCAGCCCUUUGUCAACUUGCUCUCCAAAGCAACCUACUGGUGGAUGAACACGCUUAUCAUAUCAGCUCACAAGAAGCCUAUUGACCUGAAGGCAAUUGGGAAACUGCCGAUCGCCAUGCGAGCCCUUACAAACUACGUCCGCUUGAAAGAUGCAUAUGAGGAGCAAAAGAAAAAAGUGGAGGACAAGCCAAACCGCAAGCCUUCCAUCUGGCUUGCCAUGUAUCGCGCCUUCGGGCGGCCAAUCCUUCUGAGCAGUACCUUCCGUUACUUAGCCGACCUGCUGGGGUUUGCUGGACCGCUCUGUAUUUCCGGCAUCGUUAUGAGUUUUUCUAACGAGACUGAAGACGACAUUCUCAAGACCAAUGCAACAUCUGCAAACUACACUGCCUUAACCUCUGGAGCUAUUUACCCAGUUAGAAAUUCUACAGAUCCGUUCCUCACUUCGACCAAUUUCCUCAAAACCGCCUAUGUCCUGGCAGUUCUCCUCUUCCUGGCCCUCAUCCUGCAAAGGACCUUUCUCCAGGCCUCCUACUACGUUACCAUAGAAACAGGCAUCAAUCUACGAGGAGCUUUGCUGGCAAUGAUCUAUAAUAAGAUGCUCAGACUUUCCACAUCCAACCUGUCCAUGGGAGAGAUGACUCUGGGGCAGAUCAAUAACUUGGUCGCCAUCGAAACUAAUCAACUGAUGUGGUUCCUUUUCCUGUGUCCCAACCUAUGGGCUAUGCCCGUUCAGAUUAUCAUGGGGGUGAUCCUGCUCUACAACUUACUUGGCCAGAGUGCCUUGGUCGGCGCUGCUGUCAUUGUAUUGCUGGCUCCAAUACAAUAUUUCAUAGCGACAAAGUUGGCCGAGGCUCAGAAGAGCACGCUUGAUUACUCCACAGAGAGGCUGAAGAAAACCAAUGAAAUACUGAAAGGGAUCAAGCUUUUAAAGCUGUACGCCUGGGAGCACAUAUUCUGCAGAAGCGUAGAAGAAACGAGGGUGAAGGAGCUGACGAGCCUCAAAACCUUUGCUCUGUACACAUCUCUCUCCAUUUUUAUGAAUGCAGCUAUACCAAUUGCAGCUGUUCUUGCGACCUUUGUGACGUACACGUAUAUCAAAGAGGAACCACCAACUACAGCCCAGGCCUUUGCAUCCUUGUCGCUCUUCCACAUCCUGGUCACACCGCUGUUCCUGCUUUCCACAGUUGUUCGAUUUGCUGUCAAGGCCAUCAUCAGUGUGCAAAAACUGAAUGAAUUUCUCAUAAGUGAUGAGAUUGGAGAUGACAGCUGGAGAAACGGAGAUACUGCCUUAACAUGCGAGUCUUGCAAGAAGCACACGGGACUUCCCUCCAAAGCUAUAAAUCGAAAGCAGCCGCUGAGGCACCAGCUGGACAGCUAUGAGUCUCCUCUAAGGAUUCCAACCCGUCAUUUAGACAUUGAUGACUGCGCUAUCAAGGUAACCAACGGGUACUUCUCUUGGGGAAGUGGCUUAGCCACAUUAUCCAAUAUUGAUAUCAGAAUUCCCACAGGCCAAAUGACAAUGAUUGUGGGUCAGGUUGGCUGUGGCAAAUCUUCUCUCCUUCUUGCUGUUCUUGGUGAGAUGCAAGCUCUGGAAGGCAAAGUUCAUUGGAACCGUGUAUAUGAAAGUGAGUCUUCUUUUGAAGCAAGCCGGAGGAACCGAUACUCUGUGGCUUAUGCGGCCCAGAAGCCCUGGCUCCUCAAUGCUACAGUGGAGGAAAACAUCACCUUUGGCAGCCCAUUUAAUAAACAGAGGUACAAAGCCGUCACAGAUGCGUGUUCUCUGCAGCCUGACAUCGAUCUUUUGCCAUUUGGAGACCAGACCGAAAUUGGAGAAAGGGGAAUUAACUUGAGCGGAGGUCAACGCCAACGAAUCUGUGUCGCUCGGGCUCUCUACCAAAACACCAACAUUGUGUUCCUGGAUGACCCAUUUUCUGCCUUGGACAUUCACCUGAGUGAUCACCUGAUGCAAGAAGGCAUCCUGAAGUUUCUUAAGGAUGACAAAAGGACCCUUGUAUUGGUGACUCAUAAAUUGCAGUACCUGCCACAUGCGGAUUGGAUCAUUGCCAUGAAGGAUGGCACCGUGCUUAGAGAAGGGACCCUGAAAGACAUCCAAACUAAAGAUGUUGAACUCUACGAACACUGGAAAACGCUGAUGAAUCGCCAAGACCAGGAACUGGAAAAGGACAUGGAAGCUGACCAGACCACCCUGGAAAGGAAGACUCUCCGAAGAGCUAUGUACCCAAGAGAAUCAAAAGCUCAGCUGGAAGAUGAAGAUGAAGCAGAGGAAGAGGAGGAGGAGGAAGACGAUGACAACAUGUCAACCGUCAUGAGACUUAGGACAAAUUUGCCCUGGAAAACCUGCUGGCAGUACCUCACCUCAGGAGGGUUUCUCUUACUCUCCCUGAUGAUCUUCUCAAAAUUGCUGAAGCAUUCGGUCAUCGUUGCAAUUGAUUACUGGCUGGCACAGUGGACAUCGAUGACUAACAACGGCAAGGCAUUGUGUUCCACAGAGGAGCCGGCCAGAAAGACUUGCUACGUGGCUGUGUUCAGCAUCCUUAGUGGCGCAGGGAUUGUCCUUUGCCUGGUCACGUCUUUGACUGUUGAAUGGAUGGGCCUGACAGCAGCUAAGAACCUUCACCACGAUCUCCUCAACAAGAUCAUCCUUGGACCAAUCAGAUUCUUUGACACAACACCCUUGGGGCUGAUUCUCAACCGCUUUUCUGCCGACACAAAUAUCAUUGAUCAGCACAUCCCCCCGACUCUGGAGUCCCUCUCGCGGUCCACGUUGCUCUGCCUGUCUGCCAUCGGAAUAAUUUCGUAUGCCACGCCGUGGUUCGUGGUCGCUCUCGUGCCCCUGGGGAUAGCUUUCUAUUUCAUCCAGAAAUACUUCAGAGUUGCAUCCAAAGACCUUCAGGAACUUGAUGACAGCACGCAGCUGCCUCUCCUCUGCCACUUUUCAGAGACGGCGGAAGGCCUCACUACCAUCAGAGCAUUCAGGCACGAACCCAGAUUUAAACAGCGAAUGCUGGAACUGACGGACACAAACAACAUUGCAUACUUGUUUCUGUCGGCUGCCAACAGAUGGUUGGAGGUCAGGACGGAUUAUCUGGGGGCUUUCAUUGUUCUCACUGCAGCUGUGGCUUCCAUUUCUCCAAAUGAUGGUCCAAAGGAUGGCCUUGUGGGCUUGGGUCUCCUCUAUGCAUUAACGAUCACCAAUUAUUUGAACUGGGUGGUGAGAAACCUGGCCGACUUAGAAGUGCAAAUGAGUGCGGUAAAGAAAGUGAACAGUUUUCUCAACAUGGAGUCAGAGAACUACGAAGGCACCAUGGAUAUUUCUCAGGUCCCCAAAGACUGGCCGCAAGAAGGGGAAAUCAAGAUUGAAAAUCUGUGCGUCCGAUAUGAAAACAACCUGAAGCCUGUUCUCAAGCACGUCAAAGCUUACAUCAAACCAGGCCAGAAGGUUGGGAUUUGCGGUCGCACUGGCAGCGGAAAAUCAUCAUUGUCCCUGGCCUUCUUCAGAAUGGUAGACAUAUUUGAUGGCAAGAUUGUUAUCGAUGGGAUCGACAUUUCAAAGAUACCCCUGGAUAUGUUGCGCUCAAGGCUAUCCAUAAUCCUGCAGGAUCCCAUAUUAUUCAGUGGUUCCAUUCGCUUUAAUUUGGAUCCAGAGUGCAAAUGUACGGAUGAUAUGCUUUGGGAAGCUCUGGAGAUUGCCCAGUUGAAGAACAUGGUCAAGUCAUUGCCAGGAGGUCUAGAUGCUAUAGUAACUGAAGGAGGCGAGAACUUCAGCGUAGGCCAGCGACAGCUCUUCUGCUUGGCUAGAGCCUUUGUACGCAAGAGCAGCAUCCUCAUCAUGGACGAAGCCACAGCAUCCAUCGAUAUGGCCACAGAGAACAUUUUGCAGAAGGUUGUGAUGACUGCCUUCGCUGAUCGCACAGUGGUGACGAUAGCUCACCGGGUCCACACCAUCCUGACUGCAGACCUGGUCAUUGUGAUGAAGCGAGGGGUCAUUUUGGAGUACGACACACCCGAAAAUCUGCUGGCUCAGGAAGACGGCAUCUUUGCAUCCUUUGUUCGGGCCGACAUGUGAAAGGGCUGGGGGGAAAUGCAUGCCACUGGCUUUUCUAAUGCCUGACUUUUCAACGAUUGAGGAAAAAACACACAUGUAUAUUUUCUAUACACUGUAGCAUCACUGCAGACUUUGCCAAGGAUUUUUGCAUCUGUCUAAUUUUUAUAAAGCCGAAACCUGUUAUGUACGCUGACUUCAGUGCAAUAAAUUCUUCUUCACAAAAUGCUA